AUGGCUACUCUCAAAAUCUCUUCUUCUCUUUUCAUCUCUUUCCUUCUAACACUCUGUCUCUUAGCAAUCCCAUCUCUCUCAUCAGAUUCCGAUCCUCUACAAGACUUCUGCGUCGGAGAUCUCAAAUCUUCUCCUUCCAUCAAUGGCUUCCCAUGCAAAUCAGGCGUCUCUUCUUCUGACUUCUUCUUCUCCCUAGGCGGUCCGUUAAACACCUCAAACCCUAACGGCGUAACUGUUUCCCCCGCCAACGUCUUGACGUUUCCGGGCCUAAACACUCUAGGACUCUCCAUGAACAACGUCGAGUUCGCUCCAGGCGGUGUGAAUCCGCCUCACUCGCACCCGCGUGCGAGCGAAGCAGGGAUCGUGAUCGAAGGCUCGGUUUAUGUCGGGUUCUUGACAACGAACAACACUUUGUUCUCCAAAGUUAUCACUGCCGGAGAGAUGUUUGUUGUCCCAAGAGGAUUGGUUCAUUUCCAAUGGAACGUUGGUCAAGUGAAAGCGCGUUUGAUAACCGCUUUUAACAGUCAGCUUCCAGGAGCGGCUGUGCUGCCUAGUACUCUGUUUGGAUCGUUCCCUGAGAUCCCAAACGCGGUUUUAACCAAAACGUUUAGGACUGAUGAUAAGACUGUGAACAACCUCAAGUCCAAGUUUGCUGCUUGA